AUGAGUGCGGAACAACUUAAAGCAUCAAAUUCGGAUGCUCCGGACGAAAAAAAUGUAACUAACGCACCGAAAAACCCUGAAGAAGAAAGCAACGCAGCCCAACUCGUUCAACUUCAACAGGAAUACGACCUCAACCUGAAACAACUCUACCUGCUGAAGGCUAAGGAAAUGGUUUUGGAAAUAAAGUUUGAAAGCUGGAAGGUCCUGUACAGGAAACAGGAAGCCCUACUAUCGGAACGAUUCAGCAAAGCGCGCACCGAUCGGAUGGCCAUCUGGAAAGAUCGUGUCGAAUUUUGCAGCGAGGCUCGAGAGUUUGCGGAAAUGUUUUCCAUGGACAGAACCUUGCUGAAGAUCGCACAAUCGCAACAGGAUGUUGAUAGUCCGGAAGCAAUCAAAUCCGAAACCGUUGUCGAGGAACCAGAUCCCUUUGCGUCCCGAAGCGAAUCUCUCGAUCGUCAGGAGGCCGGUUUGAGGCAAAAAGCAGCCGAGUUGGACCAGAUGGAGCUGGAGCUAGCGCCGGAUGAGGAAACGGUACGUCGAUUGCAGGAUGCUGUCCAAAGUUCGGCUCAAGCGGUCGACGACAUGGAGGAGGAGAUAAGAUUGCUGAAAAGUAUGGAAACUGAACCUCUACCACAACUGUCGAAAGCCGAGGAGCUGGACUCGAGAUCGAUUCUGAAGAGGCCCUCGUUCAUGGCUUUGGAAAUCGAUCGCAAGCAGGUGCGAUUUGAGUGA